AUGCCCAAAUAUUAUGAAGAUAUUGAAGAGAUCAGCAAGAAGAAGAAAUAUGCUUGUCAGAAUGUCCGAGAUGAUCUCCUUGAGUGUUUGCUCAAAAGUGACUGUUGUAGAAAGGACAAGAAAACUCCCAGACAGUGCAUGAAUGACGAACAUAUCAAAGAUGAAUGUGUGAGGCUAAGGGUGGCAUUUUUUGAGUGCAAGCGGUCUAUGUUGGAUAUGCGGACUAGAUUUAGAGGGCGGAAGGAUUAUUAG